UGGGUGUUAAUUUGGUGGCGAGAGUAGGGUGUCAUUAAGAUAGUCUCAAUCGACCUAUAUAACUCGCUAAAGCUGGUUAUCGCAUGCUAGUCAAAUUGUGACCGGGUUAUCAUGGCCGGACCAGUGCGAUUUUGGUUGCAGCGAUGGCUGAUCUGUGGGCUUCUAGCCGGUGUCUCCCUUGCCCAAAAUCCCUCGCCACGGCAGCAUAUCACCACCAACUUACGCCGGCAGCCUUUCCAACUUGCUCCCCUCGGCAGACCUCACACAGACGUUAACCAACAAAUCAACGCCCAAUUCUCCCCUGCCAUUCCCCUCACCUACGAGAACCUCCGGCCACAGGAGUACCAGGCUCAGAUUUUCGGCUCGAACCUCCAACCCCCGAAUGUCGAAUAUUACCAACUCUCGCCAAGUUCGAGCCUCCCGGAGAGUUACCCUGCCAGCGCGCCUUCAAACCUCGCCGGAUACCAAUCGCAAAGCACCCGCAAAGAGGACUGUGAGCACUCUCACGAGUCUCAUCACCCACACGAGACUCAUAAACAAGAGCCUUACAAUCACCCUCAUGAGGCUCACCAUACCCAGCGCCCAAACCCGCAGUUCUCUCCAGCCAUCCAUACACCAAUGCAAAGCGUUCCCGAGAGUGCAGCUCCUGGUGCUCUGGUUUCGGGCGGCUACCAACAGGCCGCGCCACCAGCGAUGAACCCCGGUGCCCAAUUCGAACCAGCUAUUUUAAUCUACUCCGUGGACAGACAGCCACCAUACGUCAAAGACCAGGCACCUUCUAUGACUCACCGCGAGAGUGCGCAACUCUCCCCUGCUCCAUCGGUUCCCGCGAGAGAUGAAUCUGUUUCUGUUGCCGUUGAACAGAACCCAGGAAGUAGCUCUUUCAGAUAUGCUUAUUCAUAUCCUAUCGGUGUAAGCAGAUCUCCGGCAUCCCCUGAUAUAAUGGCUGACUGGUCCUCAGGCUCAGAGCCUAACUGGGCUCCUAAUACCGUGUCUGCCUGGUCGACAGCCUGGCAGCGAGACGGCAAAUCAGCGGCUCUUUGGCCACCAAACGAAUGGCUACAGAACACACGUGCCAACGAAUGGCCAAAACCAUCUGGUGCCCAAGGUGUAGCUCAUUCUUUGACAUCACCUUCUGGUGCCCAAGGUGUAGCCCAUUCACUAACACCACCCUCUGGUGCCCAAGGUGUAGCCCAUUCUUUGACAUCACCCUCUGGCGCUCACGGUGUAGCCCAUGCUCAGACAUCACCAUUGGCCUUGAACUCUGCGCGACCAGCACCAAAUCGCAAGUAAAGCGGACACCUUAAUACUCACGUUUGAGACUCUGAUCAAUAAACAAUGAGUCUUGAUCAUAAGGUCAAAGAUGGAAGAUUGUGAAACUGGACCGUUAAAAGCAGAAUAAAUGUGAUCGAAAUAAACAAUGGCAAAUUUUUUCAGAA